AUGAAGCAGCAAACAGUGGUGAUGUACGUGGAGAUCGGCUGCUUUUUGUCAUGUUUAAGUGGCUGGAUUUUGAUCUGUUCCACUUUGGCCACCGAGUACUGGACCUUCUCAGAGGUCAGCUCUGUGGUUCUGACCACCGGUAAUUACUAUUCUAACCUCUGGAUGGACUGUGUCUCAGACACCACAGGAGUAUCUGACUGUAAAUACUACCCCUCCAUGAUGGACCUGCCUGUUUUCCUCCAUGUAUCCAGGGCCCUGGCUGUCGUCUCUGUGAUCUUUGGCUUCUGGGGGGCUGUUCUUGCUCUUAUUGGGAUGAAAUGUACCAAAAUCGGAGGUUCUGAGUUCGCCAACGCCAGAGUUACAUUUGCAGCAUCAUUGUCGUACAUGGCAUCUGGUUUUUGUGCUAUGAUAGUGUACUCCUGGUGGGGAGAUAAAGUGCGUUCAGAAUUUGUGGAUCCAUAUUUCUUGGGACAGAAGUUUGAACUCGGUGCAGCUCUCUUCAUCGGCUGGGGAGGUUCGUGUCUGGUUAUAUGUGGGAGUGCAGUCAUGUGCUAUUUCUCUGCGAGAGAGUCAUUCCCACGAAGGUUUACCCAGAAACUCAGAAGACCCCCAACCUACAUGACAGCACGCACCAGACGGAUGCACAUGCUGCCGGGCUCGUCCAGACCCACAACAGUCAUCAUCCCUCCUUCACACCAAUCAGACAGUGUCAACAGGGAAAAUAGACAGAGUAAAGGGAGGAGAGGAACACAAGAAAGCCAGUUUCCAGGAACUGUCAGGCCCCUUGUAGACUCAUCCGUGUAACCAAAUGUUUAAAGACCUAAUUUACAAACAAUUUCAAUGCUUGUUGUCUCCAGGA